GAUCUCCAUCAUUCCCAUCACAUCUUCGCCUCCCAACCGUCCUUCCUCCCCCGGCUUCCCUCCUCCGUUCUCCGGUUCCGAUGAAAAGAAAUAUUUAAGAAAGUCUGUACUCAGAUAAAAUAAGAGAUAAAUAGGGAAAGAGAGGAGGAAAAAGGAAGAAGAAGAGGAGAAUGAGGGAGAGAGGGGUGAUGGUUGGUUUAAUUAAGGCCGGUUCCUUUAUACCUCCUUCUCUGCUCCUGCUCCCCAUGUGAUAAAACUGAAGAGAAAGAAGAGGAAAAGAAGGGAGAAGAGACGCGAGAGAUGGCGUCGUCUCGGGGCACGCGGGCCGAGAAGGUCCGGCGGAUCUUCGAGCGGUUCGACGGGAACGGCGAUGGGGGUCUGAACCGGGAGGAGAUGACGGCGCUGGUGGUCGCCGUCAAUCCCCGCGUCAAAUUCAGCGACGAGCAGAUCGGCGCCAUCCUCGACGAGGUCUUCCGCACUUACGCCGAGUUCAUCCACACCGACCGCGGCCUUACCCUCGAUGGCCUCCUCCGCACCUACGAUGACGGCGCCGGCGACGUCGAUCGCGACUUCGACGCCCUUGACCUCCACCUCCCCGGCGAGACCGAGGCCGCCGCCUCCACCUCCGUCGCCGCCACUGCUGCAUCCUCCUCCAUCGUCGACGAUCCCCUCCUCUCCGUCCCCAAGGCUGCCGUCCCCCGCGCCGCUGCGCCCCCUUGGGCCACUUCCCCCAACCAUGGGAUCGUCUACGAUUCCUCCUGGACUCUCCUAGACGACCUCGAGAUCCUCGUCAAGCGCCUUCGCUCCAAGCACCUCCAGAAGUCCGCUUCCACCGCGGGCGACAACAGUAGCGGCAACAACAACAACUUCGACUCCUUCUCGGAGGCCGGGUGGUCGCGCGAGAUGGGCCCGGACUCCGAACGGCGAGUAGUCAUCUGGGACGAGACCGGCCGCGACUACCUCGUCUUCGUCAAGGAGGUCGCCGCCCUCCGCGGCCGCGCCGACGGGGCCCGCUCUCGCGACGAGGCCUUCGACAACCACAUGGCCCUCGGCCGCGCCCUCUACGAGCACCACCUCUUCCGCGACGCCCUCCGCAGCUUCCGCCGCGCCUGCGAGCUCCGCCCCACUGACGUCCGCGCUCACUUCCGUGCGGGCAAUACCCUCUACGCCCUCGGUCGCCACGCCGAGGCCAAGGAGGAGUUCCUCCUCGCCCUCGAGGCCGCCGAGGCCGGCGGCGCCCAGUCCGCCGACAUCCUCCCCCAGAUCCACGUCAACCUCGGCAUCGCCAUGGAGGGCGAGGGCAUGAUCCUCGGCGCCUGCGAGCACUACCGCGAGGCCGCCAUCCUCUGCUCCACGCACUUCCGCGCCCUCAAGCUCCUCGGCAGCGCCCUCUUCGGCGUCGGCGAGUACCGCGCCGCCGAGAAGGCCUUGGAGGAGGCCGUCUUCCUGCGGCCGGACUAUGCUGACGCCCACUGCGAUCUCGGCUCGGCCCUCCAUGCCAUGGGGGAGGACGAGAGGGCCAUCCAGGAGUUCCAGAAGGCGAUAGAUUUGAAGCCCGGCCACGUCGAUGCUCUGUAUAACCUCGGGGGCUUGUUCAUGGACGCCGGCCGGUUCGCAAGGGCGUCGGAGAUGUACACCAGGGUUUUGGCCGUCCGGCCGAACAAUUGGCGGGCGCAGCUGAACAAGGCUGUGGCUUUGUUGGGCGCUGGGGAGACGGAGGAGGCCAGGAAGGCCCUCAAGGAGGCCUUCAAGAUGACCCAGAGAGUGGAGGUCUACGACGCCAUUGCCCAUCUAAAGACGCUCCAGAAGAAGAAGCCGCCGAAAGGGAAUGGUGCCGAGGGAGAGGUGGCUUUCCUCAUCGUGGAGCCAUCCAAGUUCAAGAGGGUGGGAAGGAAGACCACUUUGAGGCAGGAUUUGGCCAAUGCCCUGGACAUAAGGGCAUUCCAGAGGGUCACGAGGUUGAGCCGCUGUGAUGUGGACCUCUUGGAGAAGGAAAUGAAUGAGACUGAUGUUCCGAUAUCCUACUCUGGUAGUGGAGUUGCAGAGAAAUCCAUCCGCAAGGCUGCCCUGGAAGCAAUUCUCCGAAGGUUGCUUCGGUUUCUCAAGCCCGAGACAUUUCAGGGGGCUGUCAAAGCAAUCAAUGAGAAGGUUCUUUCUGUCUUGGAUCCCACUGGAUCGGGCCGCGUUGAUCUGGGGCUGUUCUUUGCUGUUCUUGCUCCCAUUUGCUCAGGGCUGCUCGAGAAGCGCAAGCGGGCUGUCUUUGAUGCGCUUCUAUGGCGGUCUAACAGUGAUGGAGGGACACAGAUUAGGAGAAGCGAUGUGAUCACAUAUAUUAAGCUGCUGCGUGCGGUUUAUAUCCCUUCACAUGGUGUCAGUGACAUGUUCGAAUUGCAUGGAGAGUCGGAUCCGUCUAUGGUUUCAUAUGCAGAGUUUCUCGAGAUGUUUAAUGAUCCAGAUUGGGGUUUUGGAAUUUUAGGCACCUUGGUGAAGCUUGAAGCUGGCGACCGAAUUCGUCAUGGCCGGCACACCUGCUCGAUAUGUAGGUACCCAAUUAUAGGGUCUAGGUUCAAGGAGACAAAGUAUCGUUUCAGCUUGUGCAAUCGUUGUUACAGUGAAGGGAAGGUGCCAUCGGAUUGCAAGCAGGAGGAGUACAGGUUCAAAGAGUAUGGAAGCGAGUCUGAAGCUAUGAAAGAUAAGUGCAUGUGCUUUAAUUUACAUUCUAAGAGCUCGCAAGGUGAUCUUUGAUGAGAUAAAGAAUCUGUAUCAUGUAGUUGUCAGAUCAGAUCUUGUGCAAACAUGUUUGUGGUAAGCUGGGAGUAUGUCUGAUUAGCAACCCAUAUUUUGUAAACUAAAUGUUUGUUCAGGUAGGUUAGUUUUUCUCUUUCCUUGUCUAGGGGACAGUUGUAUUAAUUCUUUGUUAAUUAGUGCUUGACAAUGAUGGAUAUAUGCAAGGUGACUGCUGUUACUCUGUAAUUCUAAUGAUGUUUGGUUAUAAAUAUUUCUAUAGUUGUAGCUGUAUA